UAUGGCUAUCGCUUGAUGUGGCAGACACUCCGACAGAAGUAUUGUCUGACUGUCAGAAGAGACGAUGUCAUGGCAUUGAUGGCAGAACUUGACCCCUCAGGAGUACAACUGCGUGCAAGACGAAGAUUUAUAAGAAGAGUUUAUAGUUCUUGUGGCCCAAACUAUGUCUGGCAUGCAGAUGGUUAUGACAAACUAAAGCCCUAUGGCUUGGCAAUAAGUGGUUGCAUAGAUGGGUAUUCUCGGAAGGUGCUAUGGUUAGUGUGUCAAGCCAGCAAUAAUGAUCCUGGAGUCAUUGCUCAAAACUAUGUGCAAUGUGUCUCAGAAUUUGAGAAGAUACCAAUGCGCCUCCGCACAGACUGUGGCACUGAAAAUGGAACAAUGGUGGCAAUGCAUUGUACAUUAAGGUCAUCACACACUGAUGAUUUUGCUGGGGCUGCCAGCCAUAUGUAUGGCUCCUCAACAGCCAACCAACGCAUCGAAAGCUGGUGGUCAUAUUUCAGAAAACAAAGAUCUCAGUUCUGGAUGGAUCUCAUGAACGAUUUGAAGGAAAGACAUCUCUUCAAUGGAAGUCAUGACCACACAUGCCUUGUGCGGUUUGUCUUCAUGGAUAUGCUACAGAGAGAUCUUGAUGAAUGCAAGGACAGGUGGAAUAAACAUACCAUAAGACCUGUUAAACAAUCUUGCUGUCCAUCUGGUAAACCAGAUGUGAUGUAUCAUCUACCUCACAGGUUUGGUGGAACAGACUGUGGUUUCCCAGUCUCCCAGGAGCAAUUGGGACAGUUUGUGACAGAGACUAACAACAUUCAAUGUGGAGAUGAACACCUUCAGGCACAUUUUGAGAACCUCCAGAGACAGUGUGGCCUAGCACAUCCACAGAGUUGGGAAUCAUGUGUCGAAAACUAUAUCAAACUGAAAAACAUGGCGGACUUAUAAACAAACAAGAAUCCAAAUUUGAAGGUCGCAC